CCAGUUAACCAGUCGAACCCAUUUUCCUUCCUCGUCAUAAACACGGAGUAAACAUGGCGGCAGCAAUUGGACUAGGUCUGAAAAGGGGAACUGUUUCAUUAAUUACUUCCACUCCGAAGUCUUUUUUACCACAUGGCCCUCUUGCAGUCUUUGCGAACCAGCGGCGACAUGGAGCAACCUGGAGCCCUGAUAUGGAAUAUUAUAAACAGUAUGAUGUACCCGUUCUGAUUCCCCAAACGAACAAGAAUGCAUGGAAAAUGCCUCCAUUGAACAACUAUGAGCCUCCAGUUGAAAAAACUGUUACCAACAUCAACCUUAAUUUUGGACCUCAACACCCAGCUGCUCAUGGUGUACUACGCUUGGUCUUGGAAUUGGAUGGAGAAACUGUGGUCAGGGCUGACCCUCACAUUGGCUUGUUACACCGAGGAACAGAAAAGCUGAUUGAAUAUAAAACAUACACCCAAGCUCUUCCAUAUUUUGAUCGCUUGGACUAUGUUUCCAUGAUGGGCAAUGAACAAUGCUAUGCUCUUGCUGUUGAGAAGUUACUGAACAUUGACAUCCCACUAAGAGCCAAAUAUAUUCGAGUGCUCUUCGCUGAGAUAACACGCAUCUUAAAUCACUUGAUGCAAAUCGGGACUCACGCCUUGGAUAUCGGUGCUUUGACCCCCUUCUUUUGGUUGUUUGAAGAACGAGAAAAGAUGAUGGAAUUCUACGAGCGUGUCUCUGGUGCACGCAUGCAUGCUGCUUACAUUCGACCAGGAGGAGUGUCUCUGGACCUUCCCUUAGGUCUUAUGGAUGACAUUUAUCAAUUCACCAGUAAAUUCGGUGAGCGCAUAGAUGAAAUGGAAGAUGUUUUGACUGCCAAUCGUAUCUGGAAACAGCGAACAGUCGAUAUUGGUAUCGUUUCUGCCGAAGACGCCCUGAAUUAUGGUUUUAGCGGUGUAAUGUUGCGCGGCUCUGGCAUCAAAUGGGAUCUGAGGAAAACUCAACCAUACGAUGCAUACGAUUUAGUCGAAUUCGACGUACCAGUAGGAGUCAAAGGGGACUGUUAUGACAGGUACUUGUGCCGAGUUGAAGAGAUGAGGCAAUCUCUCCGGAUAAUUGAGCAAUGCCUGAACCAAAUGCCAGUGGGUGAGGUUCGUGUGGACGAUGCCAAGAUCAUGGCACCGAAGCGAUCCGAGAUGAAAACAUCGAUGGAGGCUCUGAUUCACCACUUUAAGUUGUUCACUCAGGGCUACAACGUCCCGCCUGGGGCCACCUAUACAGCUGUAGAGAAUCCCAAAGGUGAAUUUGGAGUGUAUCUUGUUUCUGACGGUUCGUCACGGCCCUAUCGCUGUAAAAUCAAGGCGCCAGGUUUUGCCCACCUUGCUGCAUUAGAAAAAAUUGGUCGGAAUCACAUGCUUGCUGACAUCGUCGCUAUAAUUGGAACAUUGGAUGUGGUUUUCGGAGAAAUUGAUCGUUAAGUGUUUUCCGUCCCCCUGUACACAUACCAGUGGCUGAACUGAGGGGUGGGCUUGUACAUGUAAGUUCGAGUUGAAUUAGGUGUUUGUAAUACACACAGUGGCUGGAA